GAGAAACGGUGGCCGGGCGUGCGAGGCAGGAACGGAUCUUGGGAUGGUGCCAGCAUCGCAGCGCAUCGCCACUACUACUCACACCCACUCGUAUACCACGACGUCGCUCGACAUAAUCAUUCCCAUCGCACUCGUUUGACGGCUCAUGGCCUGCUCCAGAACUUAGACCUCUACCUUUGAAAGCUCCACUCGUUGAGACGCCCUCACCACUCGCUCGUCCACCUGCCGAUCCGCCGACCGUUUCCGCGACGCCCUCCUCCUCUGCUGUACAUACCGCGCGACGCAUCAUUUUCAUGGGCCAAUAGCUGGUCGAGGCAGCGGGCAUCGGUUGCGACCACACGCCGCGGCAUUGCACUGCACAGCAUUAUCACCAUACCAUCCAUAAUACCGGCUCUAUGCCAAAGGGACUCAAUCUCAAGGGAUUCGGCCGGCGCAAGUCUUCCGGAAACGCUCUCGACUUUGACCAGCCAGAGCGAGACGGAGCUCCGCCCUCUGCACAGAGCUCGUCUUUCCGUGUGCUUGAGCGGCCGGAGAAGAAGUCUGUUUCGUAUGGCCGGGAGAAGCCUCUCAGCAGCGGCAAGACCUUCAACUCUCCGUUGACUGCAUUGCGAGGCAAGAGCGUUGACAACUUGACCACGCUGGGUCAAAACAGGGGCAGCGGCGGCACUACCAACUCCGGCAGUAGUGGAUACUACGAAAGCUCGAGCGCUUCGGCAAGGCACAGUUCGACCUCGACGCUGCCUUCCUCCUUGGACCAAGACCAUCGAGGCGCCGACGACGAGGAGCUCUUCCCUCACCCUCGAAAGACUCCCACGACGGGCAUGUUCCAAUCAGCGUCCACGCUCGCGACUGAGCCUCCACCACCGCCGCCGACCUUCUCCUCCCGUGCAGCGCGAGCCUUCUCUUUUGGCACGAACAAGCAUAGCAAAUCGCCCUCCAAAGACGUUCCUCCACUCCCUCCGCCACACGCCAAUGGCGUACACAUCCCUUCGUUGCGGGAUCGCAGCCCGCAGAGGGAACGAGCGAUGACCACGAGUAGCUACGCCAGCACCGCCGUACCGACGCAUUCGGAGCUCACACUAUCCAGUUCAGACUUUGGCAGCGAUGACUUUGGCAACAUGUUCGAGAGCCUGAAGAAGGAGCCAGUGCGGUCACCGCCACCUGCGGUCGGCAGCUUUGACCGCACUGUAAAUGGGUCGACUUCGGUACCAGAAAAUAAUCCAUAUACGAAACAGGGGUCGGGACCCAUGUUUCCCCCUAGGACACUCUCAAGAGACGCCCUCACACCGUCACCCAAUCCUCUCAAGCUGUCUCGAGCUGACAGCAGCUCUCCGUAUUCGUGGGAUGACGGCAACUCCAACGACGGGCUGGUUUCGACGUCCGCUUUAAGCUCUCCAAGCCUACCAGACGGCAUGUCCGGACCAGCCGCUCCAGGCGGCACUUCCCAAACGUUUCUUGGCGGUUCCCAGGCCGGCUACGCGCGCCUACCCGAACGACACACCUCUCCCAGACUUGCCAGUGAAUCCGUGGAAGACCUGUCCGCGGGCUUCAUGGCGGCCGAGGCGAAAGGCAAAGAGCCGGCCUACACCAAUCGCCAGGCACAGGUCGACGAUGAAGAUCGAUGGACGAGAAGAGUUGAACUACGCGAUGCACCACAAAGCCGCGGCGUAGCCUCCUCCGGCUCGAACAGCAGGCUUAACGUGAACACAAUCUCAACCCCACGACAGACCUCAUCCAGAGGUGGUCCUACAUCACCCCACAGUUCGACGGGAGAUGCCCCAGACUCGAACACGACCACACCGCGAGCUGCUCGCAAGCUCGGGGCCUUGAACGAAGAUUCGAUGUUCGACGUGUCACCAGCGGGACCAGCGUCUCGAGCCAUUCGCCCGGGUGUUCAUCGACGCACCGAAAGUGGCGCCGCAAAGACCAUGACAAAGGCGCAGUAUCAGGCCAUGGUGCAACAAGGAGGAAGCAGUGCAGAGCAGAGCGAGGAGAACUCGUCCGAUGAGGACUACGAUGAAGAAGAUGAGAUUGAGCGCGCGAAGAAUUUGGCCACACAGCGGCGCAAGCAAGAGGCGAACAUGUCAGUCUACCGGCAGCAGAUGAAAAAGGUCACAGGCGGUGGUCCGACUGACCUGCCUUCUUCCGGAGCGUCAACUGUGCGGCCAUCCAUGGACCGUGGCUCGAGCACGCCUGGAGGCAUCUUACACUUUGGCGGUAUUGGCGGACAGCCUCCCGAGGCGUCAAUUCGCGGUCGCCAGGACGAAGACGAGGACGAGGACGUGCCUCUUGGAAUACUACAGGCGCACAACUUCCCGGGUAGCGGUCGCCCUCCAACGAGACUGGGCGAGAACGAUCUCCAACAGAGACGCACAUCGGUUGCAGGUUCGGUGCUGAAUGGAGGCGCUGGGCAAGGAAAUCUGCCACCCUUCGCUCGACGACUUCCUCAGGAUCCAUAUUUUGGUGCAGGUUUGGUAAACCCGAGCACUCGCGAAUCUCUGGCCCUCAAUCACUCGGGUGCAUCCGUUGUUGGCAUGCCGCCAAGUGCGCCUCCGCUCAUGGGCCCUGGAGCUGGACAUCCUGGCGGUCUGGUGGGCGUCAUUGCUGGAGAAGAGAAGGCACGAGCUGCUCGCCGGGGCAGCCCAAAUACUGCUGCAAUCAUGGGUGGGGCAAUGCCGCUGCCGUCAAACAUGAUGCAGCCAAACAUGCCACGCGCCAUGUCAAUGGGCAACAUCAUGCCCUCCGCUACAUACAGCCCCAGCGGCAUGCCCCCGAUGCCGCAGAUGAACCCCAUGAUGAUGGGAGGAAUGCCCGGGAUGAUGCCACAAAUGCCUCAGAUGCCACAAGAUGCGAGCCAGCAGCAGAUGCAGCAGUUCAUGGCAAUGCAGAUGCAACUUAUGCAGAACAUGCUGAAUAUGCAACAAGCGCAGAUGACGGGACAAAUGACACCAACGGCACAGCCACCACAUCUUCAGCAAACGGGCGACUACCUCGGAGUGAAUUUUGAUGGCACCAAUAGGCCACAGUCCAUGGCCAGCCAACAAGGCUUUGGGCCGCCUAACCAAGGCCGUAGCAUGACCAUGACUAACCCACCCAGCGGUUGGGGCAGUGCAGCGAACCCAAGUGGUCCACGCCCCAGCAGCGCAAUGCCAAUGACCGGCAAUGGAUAUGCACCAUCAGUCCACGGCCUCAACAUGUCACACAAUGGACCAGGCCCUGGAUACACGCCCUCGAUCGCGCCCAGCGAACGCAGCAAUAUCGGCAUGCCCUCCAGAUACAGACCUGUAACCCAAAAUGGCGAGGCUUCGCGAUCGCAGAGCAUGACAUCGUCAAUGACGCUGCAAGCCUUCGCAAAACAGCAGAGUUCUACGAAUCUCCCGGGCACACCUUUCGGCUCGAACACGCUUCAAGCGCCAAAGUCAACUAUACGAGUAGUGGACAAGCCGAAGGGUGCACCGAAAGUUGCCAGUCGACCUGCUGACGAAGACGAGGACGAAGGCUGGGCCGACAUGAAGAAGAAGCGCGAAGAGAAGAAAAAGUCAAAAUGGAGUUUCAGAAAGGAGAAGACCACUAGUAACGAGCCGGCUUUGAGCGAGCUCUACCAGACCAUGGACUAGACAUCCGCCCGUAGGAGGCUUACCGUACGGAUUACAAGUGUUCGAAGAAGCAUGAUGAGUGCGAAUCGACACGUUAUGGAGCCACACCUUGUGUCGAGACACGCUUGAAUACUUGGACGAGGACACGACUGCGACCAUCUUUAGACAUUGCCACAAGAUCACGAUACCCGCAUGCGACUGGUCGUCUGGUACAUUUUUUUCCCUUGAAUCUUGUUGUUCAUAAUUGCAUUGCGUGGAUACAAAACCGGGUUUGCUGGGAUAAGGACUUUGCUUGGAACUUGGAUGCAGCAACGUCGGCAAUCUUUCGUGGCGAGGGUGCAAGGCAAUCGGAGGGGCACUCUCGCUUUUGCUUUUUAUUUUAUUUUCCAAUGUUUUAGAGCUUCUGGUAGACAAAAGAUGGGGAAAAAUUCUUUGCGCGGCGCGACAGAUUCGGUCGUGGUAGAAGACUCAGAUAUGUGUUAAUACCUUAAUGUUGAGAAUGAACG